AUGGGUGCCAUGCGCUCCAUGCACUUUGCACUCUUGAUCCUAGCGGAGCUUAUUUAUAGAGCAGCCUGUGUGGCAGAGUCCGUGCAGCUUCAUUUGAAGUCGCUUGAAGCUGUGGAAUUGCUUAAAAACCGAAUAGGCAAGGCCCUUCGCUCUACGUGUACCUUCACGGGUAUAGCCUUGUCAUACCACUGCAACACCGUUGCAGAUGCAGAUGCUGGGGAUGCGGAAGGACAGCUUCUAAGCUUUCGCGUGGAUUGCCGUGCGGCAGAAGGCGACUUCCAAAACAUCACCUUGUAUGAUGCGACGCCCCCCUUUUGUGGUUGGCUAAGCUACCGGAAAUAUGGAAACACCUCAGACAUUGAGGUUCCAACAACCCCUUGGCUUCCGUUGAUUGCGGAUUAUAUCGUGACCAUGCAGAAGGGAGACGUGGUAGAUAUUCAAUGUGUACCGCUGCCUUUCCAGUUGCGCCCACGAGAGCACAGCCACGUAAUUCCGCCGAACACGAAGAAGGCGAAGAUGUAUUUUUACCUUCUUACGGAUGGUCAGAUCAACUCGCGCCAACAACUUCCGGCCAUUCAGUUCAACAUGCGAUAUCCCAGUUUGGACUUCCAAGCUUGCGCCGACGCUUUGGCACAGGCCUACCAGUGGACGAUGACCCUGAAACGCUCCAUGAACUAUAGCCAUUGGGUCCUUUUCUCCGCUCCAAGCUUGGAAGUUCCGAGGAUUUUCCCCAAGGUGGACCUUUGUUGCGAGCAACGUGGCGAGAUUUUCAAGAUGGGAGACUACCUCAAAGUGAGGCUGCUGGAAGCGGGCGGUCAGCUGCUGUUCAAUCGGCCCUAUGAGAUGGUGAAGCUGGACCCAGAGUUCAGUCAAAACAUCAGCAGCUUCAACAGCUACGCGGUGGAAUUGAAGCUGGAAGUGAAUGCAAAUGCCCUCCCCAGAGGUACCAAAAGUAUCAUGGUCAAGUUGGGAGUUUCCCUGCCAGAAUUUGUGCCGGAGCUUGUAUUUACGCUGAUGCUUCCGGUGCACACUGGAUGGGGACCGCAAGAUGACUCCAAAGCUCUGGGGUCUUGGAGCAGAUGGUUGAUGCUUCUUGCCAUCUUAAUCCUCCUGGUGGUGGCCGUGUGCUAUGUCUUCCGGGAGCUACCUGGUCAUCCUGGGCAUCCUGGGCAUUCUGGGCCCCAAGCAAGCUGCAGGUCGGGCACAGUGCCCCGAGUUGCUGCGUUGUGCCGCGGCAGCGCGCGCAGUUGUGCCGAGGUCACCCGGCUCUGGCGUUGGGGAGCUACUGAGGGGCGCCUGCUGACACAGGUCGAAGCUCCUGAAAUCUCCACGGAACCUACCCUGGUAGAGGACAUCAAGGGCGUCAGCGCUGCAGCCUGUGGCUCCUCCCAUUCGGCCUUUGUGUCGGGCGGACGUCUUUUCACCUAUGGCUCCAACAAGAACAGCCAACUGGGACACGAGGACUCCGACCCCAGCCCUGUGGAGGGUCUCGAGAACGUACGGCAGGUAGCUCUGGGAGCUUUUCACUCUGCAUGCGUUUUAGAGGACGGAUCUCUGUGGACCUGGGGUUGGGGUGGUGGUUUUUUCCACGGCGUUGGGGCCUUGGGCCUGGGUCACAGCGAGACCCAGCUGCGUCCCAGCUGCGUGGAACACUUCCGCAGGGAAAACAUGAAGAUCCGGAUGGUCACUUGUGGGGCACAACACACCGUGGUGCUGACGGAGGAUGGCCAUCUCUAUGCCACGGGCAAGGGGGAUUUCGGACGCCUGGGACGGGGCGAUACCAAUGACGAGGUUGAUUUCCACGUCAUUGACUACUUCGAGCACACAGAUGACUCCAUUCUGGAACCAGGUGACCCGGCGCGGAUCUGCAAAGUCGCCUGCGGAGAAAACUUCUCCGCCGCGAUGAGCGAGCAGGGCGAGCUGUGGGUUUGGGGACGGAACGACUACGGUCAGCUGGGCUUGGGGGAAGAGGCUAUGGGUGACAUGUACUCGGCGGAGCGCUUCCCCCGUCUGGUGCGAGCGCUGCCUUUGGAGGGACACAAGGUGGUGGACUUCGCCUGUGGCGAGCACCACGUGAUUUGUGUCACCUCGGAGGGACAGCUCUUCGAAUGGGGCGAUCGCAGUUGGCUGGAGCCACACCGGGUACUGCCUCCACAGAUCGAAGAUGAGGACUUCCAUCGAAUCGUUAAGGUAGCUGCAGGUGACAAGUGCAGCUUUGCCCUGACGGAGAGUGGGAAGCUGUUCACCUGGGGAUCCAAGAGCAGUGGUUGCUUGGCGCUGGGCCCCGAAAGUCCCAAGAACGUGGUGGAGCCUAGUCCCAUCAAUCCCGAGGUCUUCAAACACCAGAAGGUCGUUGACAUCGUGGCCUCCAAAUACAGAUGUCUGGCCAUCAGUGAUGAAUCGCAAUAUGUGUCAUAG